AUGAGUGUUGCCGAAGUUCGUCGUAUCUCUACAACAAAAGUAAGGCCGGCAAGUUACAUCCAAAAAUCUACCGAUAACUUUAAGCGGAUUGAUUUAAAUCCAUGGGAUAUAGUAUUUUUGCGGCAAGUAUAUUGGCAACAGGGUCUUCUCUUUGCUAAGUCACAACAAUCAUUUCCCGGGCGAAAAGAUGAAGAUGAAAAGACAAACAAUGAUGUUAUCAGUAACAUGAUUAGUUCUUUGUCACAUACACUUGAUCAUUUCUCUCCUCUAGCUGGUCGUCUUGGCAUCCAAAAUAAUGAAGAUGAUAACACGUUCUCGGUCUAUAUCAACUGCAACUUUGAGGGUGCAGAGAUCAUUCAUGCCACUGCAGACAUAUCAGUGAAGGAAAUCGUCGCUCAGACCUACGUUCCUGCAAGCGUAAUAGAUCCAUUGUUUUCCCUCAAUGGGGUAAGAAACUACGAAGGUCAGUCACAUCCUUUACUCUCUAUACAAAUAACUGAACUUCUAGACGGUGUGUUCAUGGGGUGUAGUGUAAACCAUUCUGUUGUUGAUGGUACAACAUUUUGGAAUUUUAUUAAUUUGUGGUCUGAGAUUUCUAGAUCUUCUGAUAAUCAUACUCCUUGUCCUCAUCCGGUCUUUGAGCGUUGGUUUAUCAAGGAUACAGAUUGCCCCAUCCGUCUUCCGUUCUCCGUGGCUGAUGAAUUUUUGGCAGGAAUGAAUAUAUGUAAUACUAAAGAUUUGGUGUUUAAGGGUCAUGUAGAGAAAUGUUUCCAUUUUACUAAAGAAAACAUUGCAAAAUUAAAGGCUAGGGCGAAUUCUGAAAUAAUUUCUGUAACAAAACAAAAUACAGCAGUAAUCUCUUCAUUACAAGCUGUAUUGGCUCACCUUUGGAUAGCUGUAUUACGUGCUAGAACUAUCAUAGAUAGCACUUCUGACGAAAAUGAAAAGACUUUGUUUGGAUUUGUGACAAAUAACAGAAGUAAGUUGAUUCCACCCUUGCCAGAAGCUUACUUUGGUAACUCAGGAUCCUUGGUAGUGAUAACAGCAAAGGACGACGAGGUGCUCCAGAGGGGAUUUGGGUUCCUAGCUUCAUUACUGAAUGAGGUUGCUAACUCUAAUAAUGAUGGAAGGAUUAGAAGUGAAUUCGAAAGGAUGACAAAGAAACCUUUUAUCAUAAGUGACGAGGCAGGAAUUACAAAGAAGGCUCUACGAACGAGGAGUUCCCAUAGAUUCAACAUGUAUGGAAACGAUUUUGGUUGGGGUCGACCUAUUGCCAUGAGAACCGGUAUCCGUGGAAAAUCAAAUGGAAUGACAACUGUGGAUGAAGGACCAGAUGAAGGAAGUAUUGACAUUGGUAUCAGCCUUCCAAUUGAGGUUUUUGAGGCUCUGGAAAAUGAUGCUGAAUUCAUGGAAGCCUUCUUAUUUUAA